AUACAAGAAUUUGACAUUUUUGACUCGCAAAUUUUUAAUAUCGGAGAAACCGGAUGUUGUAUGGAUCGUUAUCCCGAAAGCGGCGAUGGAAUCUCAAUGUUUUGUGAUGAAGAAUUCAACAGCGUUGCUAAAACGAGUGCCGACAACGAUGCGCCUGUUGAUACUACUUCUUCAUCGAGUACUACCGGGGAUGGAAAAUCGAGCGAUUACUCGUUGCGUAAGAGAAUGGGUGGACUCGCGGCUAACAAAGCCGGACUGCAAAGUGUAGAUAGGGAAAAGGGGACUGCAUUUUUUGAAAAUGAAGCCAGGAAGGAUGAAGCCCUAAAUGUCAAAAUUGAUAAAAUGUUGAAGAAAUACGAAUUCCUUAAGAAAGACGAUCUAUCUUCAGACCUGGUCAAAAUAGAUCGCAUCAUACAUGAAUUAGAACGUGACAGGGAUUUAUCUCACAUCAUCGUCCAUGUUGACAUGGACGCGUUUUACGCGUCUGUAGAAGAAAGAGACAAUCCUAGUUUACGUGGUAAACCUAUGGCCGUCGGUGACACUUCAAUGUUGAGCACAGCAAAUUACGAAGCUCGCAAGUUCGGAGUGCGCAGUGCAAUGCCUGGAUUUAUUGCCAAAAGGUUGUGUCCAAACCUCAUCCUGGUACCACUACAUUUCGAGAAAUAUCGUACGGUUUCAAUGCAAGUUCGUAAAGUGUUUGCUCAAUACGAUCCUAACUUCACUCCAAUGAGUUUGGAUGAAGCAUACUUGGAUGUUACCGAAUAUAUACAGAAAACAGGCAGAUCACCAGAUGAGGUGGUUCAACAAAUUCGAGAUGAGAUAUUCAGUAAAACUCGAUUGACAGCAAGUGCAGGAAUCGCAGCUAAUAAAUUAUUGGCCAAAGUAUGCUCCGACAUAAAUAAACCGAACGGUCAAUAUCGCAUUCAGAACAACCUUGACUGCAUUAUGGAAUUCAUCAGGAAUCUUCCAGCUCGCAAAGUUUCCGGAAUUGGUCGUGUCACCGAGAGAAUUCUAGAUGCAUUAGAGAUCAAAACCUUGGGCGACAUAUUUCAAAAACGCGUUUAUAUUUAUAAGAUUUUCACAUUGAACUCUUUUCAAUUCCUCAUUCGAGCUUCUCUUGGACUCGGAUCGACAGUGGUGAAAUCUGAUCAUAAUCGAAAGAGCAUGAGUGUUGAAAGAACAUUUGCUCCGUUAAGUAGACCCGAAGAUUUACUCGCUAAAUUACGUGAAUUAGCCGAUCACCUUUCUGCGGACCUGAAGAAGGAAGAUCUUUCGGUCAGCAGACAGCAUACCUUACACGGAAAAACGGUUACUCUAAAAUUCAAGUCGAUCUCCUACGGUGUGACCAAUCGUGCGAAAACGAUUCCACGAUAUAUCCACAAGGCCGAUGAUUUAUUUUAUUUCGGAAAACAGAUAUUGGAAGCUGAAUUACCCUUGAACUUAAGGCUCAUGGGUCUUCGGUUAUCUACAUUGCGCUCCAGCGAGGUUGAAACAAUGAAUGGCGUAAAAAGGUUCUUUUCGGUGCAAGAACGUGAAAGUGUGGACCCGCCAGUCAAGAAAUCAACAGUAACGCCAAUUAUUGAACAUCAAUCAACGUCAUCCGAACCAGAAUACAUGGAUUCAUCGGGUAAUGAAGGUAAUAGGUAUGCGAAUUAUCUAGAUGUGAAAGAAAAUGUGCCGUUUAGAGAUGAAUCUGUAGAAGAUGUUGAGCUUCGGUGUAAAGAAACGAGUGAACAACCUAUAACGAACAUAACCAAGGAAAGGUGUAAAGAAAAUAUUUCAGUUCUUGAUUCUGAUGAUAAUACUCGACUUAACACAAAUUGGGACUGUCCA